AUGACUGCUGUCGAACAUGGGAAUGGCAAAUGCAUAUUCUAUGAUCAACCAAGAAUUGCAAAACUCAGUUUCAGAAAAGGAAUAUCAAGAGUUCAAGUUUUUUACCACUGCGGAGGAGAAAUCGGGGUGGCUAGAUGGGCAGGGAAUGGAGGCCAUGGGUUGGGGGCGGUAGUCAGCGAUGGGGAAGCGUUGGGUUGUGUUGGGGGGUGUGGAAAGGGACGAGGUGCCACAAACCUCGUGGUUAUAUGUGAUGAUACAAUCUUAGUUGGUGUCAAUACCAGGGUUACAUGUGGUCAAAGAAAAGGGUUUAUACUCGAUGAAAAAGCAAAGAAAUCAUUUACAAUCAGUGACAAUAUACUUGCAGUCAUUGCAGGAGAUAACAGUCUAUGCACUGAAAUGUUAACUUAUGUGAAGGAAAGGUUGAAAUAUCCAGUGGAAAUACAUAGGGAACCAUAUGCAGGCAUCCGUCUUGCAGCACUAGAAGCCUGGAGAUAUUGCAAUUUUGUAACGAAAUUUGAUGGGCGUGCUCUUAUAGUUGGAUGGGAGAAAAAGGAUGAGAGCUAUCAUCCUCUUACAUAUCUCGCAACAACAGAGAAGAAAUUUUCGAACUUAUGA